AUGUCUAACAACAAUAUAAACAAUACUAUUUAUGAUAUUUCCACCAUUCAACAAGUCUUGAUCAACUCGCCUUUGAAAGGAAUCAAGAUGCUUCCUUUGAAUUCAACAAUAUUAGUAAAAGCUAGUGAAUGGGAAAAGUGUCUGGAGCGAAUCAAUGUCUUAUGCUCAACAAAAUUGAAUAAAAAGCAUAAAUAUUCUGGAAAAGGUUUAGUUCUUGGAGAAACUAAAAAAUGCUACCGUGCUGGCCAAUAUAUAACAAACCGCCAAUUACGUCUUGCCCAGAAAGAUACGAAGGCAUGCUCUUGUACAUCUGCCUUAAAAAUCGUACAGCAUCUCAACAACCCCAAUAUUGUUACAUUUUGCCAAACAAGGGCACAUGUAAACUAUGUUCCUGGAGACUGGGACGAAGUCAGAACUCUUCCUUUACCUUCUGAAGUCAUAAAGAUUAUUGAAAAUCAGUUGAAAAGUGACAGCAGCUGUAGAAGUACAAGAAUUUCUGUUCUUAGACAGAUUGAUAGUUGGAAAGUUGGCGUUAGAAAGCCUAAUUAUGAAGAAAUUUACAACAGAAUGAGAAAGAUGACUACUUUGUUAUAUAUAUUUGCUUCUGAUGAAAAUGCAUCUAUUUCCAUCUGGUUAAAUGUAAAGCUAGCAGAACAAAACUAUUGCAUUUUUGAAAUCAAUCUUUCUGUUUAUAAUGACGGUAAAAAACAAUUUGCCUUUGGAUUUCAAUCACCAAUGCAAGUUUCAAUCAUGAGAAUCUCGCAAUCUUUUUGUCUUAAUGCCACCCAUUCCAUUUCGUCCAGAAGUGACAAAGUAUUAUAUACUUUGGUCACUUGCUAUCUUCAAACAGGAAAGGGAUUCCCUGUUGCAUACAUAGUGACAAACAACCAGACAGCCAUAUCCAUCAAACUUUGGCUUGACCACCUUUGCAUCAAGAGCAGCUUUGUACCAAUGAAUAUCACCAUUGACUGUAGCAUUAUAGAGGUUAAUGCAAUCAAAGAAGCAUUAUCUCACACUGAAAAAAUAACAAUAAAUACACAUGGGGAAAUUCAGGCAUACUAUUGUGAAUAUUCCGCAUUUUACAGUGGGGUUUUGCCUAUUUCCACUGGUAUCAAAGCUGAUCUGGUUACAUGUGCACAGACCUGCUAUCUACAAGUGUAA